AUGCCACUGUCUGCCCCAUCGUCCAUCGCCUUCCGCGAGGAGGAGCCCAGCGAAGGCCACCGGGACGGCAAGGUAGUCGAUAGUUUCGCCACCAUCUCCAUGCAGGAGGAGCCCAGCGAAAGCCACCGGGACGGCAAGGUAGUCGAUAGUUUCGCCACCAUCUCCAUGCAGGAGGAGCCCAGCGAAGGCCGCCGGGACGGCAAGGUAGUCGAUAGUUUCACCACCAUCUCCAUGCAGGAGGAGCCCAGCGAAGGCCACCGGGACGACAAGGUAGUCGAUAGUUUAGCCACCAUCUCCAUGCAGGAGGAGCCCAGCGAAGGCCACCGGGACGGCAAGGUAGUCGAUAGCUUAGCCACCAUCUCCAUGCAGGAGGAGCCCAGCGAAGGCCACCGGGACGACAAGGUAGUCGAUAGCUUAGCCACCAUCUCCAUGCAAGAGGAGCCGGCCGAGGAGCCUGAAGAGCUGCACUACGAAAACAGCAUCGGCACCGCGCCCAACACAAGCACGCACAAGGACGAUAUCGAGCUCCAUGUGGUGGACAACAUCGCAUCGAAAUCGGAGAAGAGCCUGCCGUACCAGGUCGAGGUCAGCAGCACGAACCUUGACCGACUCACAUCCACGCAACAGGAGGAAGGUGCCGCUGCACUGCGGGAGUCGCACCCGAGCGAUGCGGCAGCAGCACCAAUGAGUGAUAUCUACCUCCUCAACCCUCCGCCCUCUCGCCUGUCGCAGCGGGCCGCCAAGGCCGCGCAGACACCUCGCUCGCACACCAGCGCUCCCAUCACGCCGAGAACCCGGUCGGCAACCAGCACUUACCGCCCACCGGCUCAGCAGCAGCAGACCAACGAAGAGAACCAGGAUGCUGAGGUGCAGUCACUGGUCUCUGGUGCCGAGAGCGCACCUACGCCGGAGACCGCCGCCAAUGACUUGUCCAGGGCGGGCGCGGAGCCGACACCAGCCGGCGCCGCCCCAAUGCCCACGCCCGGCGCUACAAGCGCAGGGAUUCCUGACGUGGUCGUUACGGUGCACAAGCGGCAUUUCCCAGGCGACAAGUGGGAGAGUGUGGUGCCAUCCUCGCUCGAUGUGGUGAAGCGGACCGUGCGCAAUGAGACGGCGGACGCGAUAGGGGUGGAGUCGCAGUAUGUGCAGGUGCUGAAUGUGGAGGCGACGGCGACAGGCAUCACUUGCGACAUCAGUGUUGACCAUGCCCCAGGCAUGACGGCGAACGAGGUCGAUGAGAAGCUGAGCAGGUACCCCUACGAGACAACAAUAACGCUGCCGGACAUCCUCACAGCCGGUGGCGAGCAUCCGCAGGACGACCUCGGCGGUGCCCUUGCCCCCUCGGAGGGCACGCAGGCGGCAGCGAGUGCGCAUGAGCAGCAGGUGGAGGAAGAAGGAGAAGGGGAAGCCCAAGCUGGCGUGCCGGAGGAGGCUCCAAAGAAGAUGAAAAGAGCACACACGCAACUCGAAAACGGGUCAGCGGCCUCAGACGCCCAGAAGGCCACGGUUCCUCCCUCGGCUCGCGUACUCCUCAAGAAGUUGGUGCUCAAGGGGCUUCCUGAACUACUCGUCACUCCGCGGAUCUACCAUUACCGCUCGCCGCGCCCAGGCGCGGAGCGUAGUAUGGACAAGGGGAGCAUUCUCUACUUGGAGGGUCCCAGGGAGGGUACUGGAGGACUCAGCAGCCGCUACUCGACCUCCGCUGCGACGCCGCACCGCGGCACUAACGGCGUGACUGGCAUAAACGGCAGUCGUAGCCCAUCCGCUCCGACUUACCGCAGCGUGUCCAUCAGAAAUUCGGUGCACAUCCCACCACAGCGGGUGGAGCGCGGUGUCGUCUCCCUGGCACUCCGUAAGCACCCGAUUAUCCAGGCGGCGGCACCUCCACAGCAGCAGCAGCGCGCAACGGCAGCGCCCGCAGACAAUGCCAGCGCGCACCGCUACAUGAACGGAGUCGAUCAUACGGCUAACACGCAUUCAGUCUCCCGCCGCACCCGUUCCCGCUCUCCACAGCAGCUGGCGCUCGCCCCGGGGACGGACUCGGCGUCCGAUGCGGCUUCCGAAGAGGCGGCAGUGACGGCGGUACCUAUGGCCGCCAGCGGCUCUGCGGCCGAUCAGGAUGACUACAUUCUCAUGACUCAAGGUGUCGAGGAGGCGGCAGACGCGGAAGGAUUGCUGCAGAAGAAGCAGAAGGCAGUGGCGGAGUACGACACUGCCGAUGACGAGGACGAUCCGGUUCCGGCCCCCGCGCCAAACCCGUUUGUGUAG